AUGGAGACGGCGUCAAGAUCCAACAAGUCCUUCAUGGAUGACGAUGACGAUGACGAUGACGAUUUUGGGAAGGAGACGUCCUCCCGGAAAGGUUUGGUUUCCGUAGCUGCCCUAGAUUACGUCCGUGGGUGCGGUAGACUAGGGUAGCCGAAGGGUUGUUCAUUGUUACGUCUCUGUCGGCUUACCGAUGAAUCUUAUCCAUGCUCCUUGAGCGAAUACGAAUUCGUUGCUAUGAUUUUCUCCCAACUUCGUUCGUUCAUUCGUUAACUCGUUUUUGUCGUACGGUCCGUUGCAGAAGUGGCGGCGAAAGUAGACAGUGACAGACACAGGAACAAUGACAACAGCUGCACUGACCAGAAGCCCUCCACGCCGCGAUCUAAACAUUCAGCCACUGAGCAACGCCGGAGGAGCAGGAUCAAUGACAGGCGAGAAUCCUGCACUUUCAUUUGAUUGUUGAUUUCUUCAGCUCUCUUUUCCGUGGUUUCAAGUUCUUGUCCAGCAUGGUGUGUCCGUAAUGUUUUUUAUAUGUUCUCCUCUUGUUCAUCUGCUAGAUUCUAUCUUUCCCUGUUGAUUUAUCUCUUCCUUCUUUUACACAAUUCCUUUUUCAUACAAUUCUCUGUUGAAGCUUUGUGGUUCACCAUUGUCUUCCAUGUGUGAUAUGGUCGUCAGUGUGUGAGUAGGAAUUUAUUUUAUUUUCCAUGAAAUGGGCUUAACUGUGGCCAUCGGUUUACGGACAACGAUUAUAUGGUUGUUGGGAUCUGAGCAAGUAUGCUAAGGGGCUCAAUUGCUGAGGUGAACUUUUGUUGUUAACUAUUAUUUCUUAUCAAACUUAACCUAGUGUGGUUAUCUUGUUCAACGAUCAUUUUUUUCAUCAAGGACACAAAAGAGGUGCUUCUCAAUUAAUCUCAGUAAAAUGGGGUAUCAUGUUGAACGAUUAAUCUUUGCAUGCCGAAUCUGUCUUCUGUGUUGUACUUUUCAGAUGUGGAUCGGGACAUUGUUGUUAUCUUUGUCCCUUCUUCAGGUCAUUGAAGGAACUUACGAUUUUCUCAUUGGAAUGAUCAUCCAUUCACUUUUGCAAACCAACCUUUUACAGCAAAUGGACAAAACUUUUUGGGUAAACUAGGCCACUGGUGUAAUUCUAAGUGGGUGAGAAACGAGACUCAUAUUUAAUCUGUCCAAUUGGCAUGUGUACAUGAAAAAGGAAUUGUUGUUGAUGACAAAUGACAUCCUGUUUGCCUUUAUGUUUGGUAGAUUUGACUAUCAAAUUAAGGCCAGCUUAUUUCGAUUUUUUUUUUUGUAUGUCAUGAAAAUUCUUUUAGGAAAUAUCUAGUUCGUCAGAGACCUCAUUUCACAUGCAGUGAUGAUUUAUUUUGAGAAAGCUUGCACCAUAUUGGUCCCCUGUUAAUCUACAUGAAAAUGGGAAAGAUUUUGUGUAAUGAUCUCCAAAAUUUGUUAGGGUCCUUGCCAUUUAGUUUUGCUUCCAUUUUCUUGGAAAUUUAUGCCAGCUAACAUUUUUUUUAAAGCUGAAUCUGUGAAGAAACUCAUAGAUGUUUCCGAUAAAAGUGAUUCAGUGAAGGAAAGACAAAUAUGUAACUUUCUUUUAUACAGAUUUCGGAUAUUAAGAGACCUCAUACCAGACAGUGAUCAGAAACGAGAUAAAGCAUCCUUUCUUUUGGAGGUAGCUCCCAGUUUCAUUUGAGAUGAAGCUUUGAAAAAUUCUUUUACUUUAAAAUAAUUUGCCUUCAGAUUAUCUUCCUAAACCGCAAAUUUCCAUUCCAGGUCAUUGAAUAUAUCCAGAUUUUACAAGAAAAAGUGCUCAAGUAUGAAUUGAACUACCCAAUAUACAACCCAAACAAUGCAAAGCUGGUGCCAUGGGUAAUAGAGGAGUACUCUACCUUCUACAUCUGCUUGCAUGCAUGAGCACGUGUAAUAUUUUCAUGCGACUCUACAUCUAUGCUUAGAGCUUUAAUCAUUUCGUGGUGCUUUUAUCUGCAGCUCUUUUUGGUAACACUGAUCAAGUCAUAGUUUCCAUUGUUAGAUCAAGUCUGUACCUCUUUCUUACCUGUGUUUGGAUGAAUAGCUGGGAGUGGAAGGAUUUGUACAUAAUUAUUUGAUGAGCAUACCUAGUUGCAAUCAAGACGCUUUUUUCAGUGAGGAUUUCUCUAGUGUGCCACAUGUAGCCAGGUGGUAUACAUCCGCACACUUAUUUCAUUUGUAAACAACUUUUUCAACUGUGCUUACACACCAUAGUUGAGUUGGUAUCAGUUCUUCAUGGUAGAUCAAAAAGUGUAAAUUGUGCUGUGCCUACUAUGAGGAGAACUGCUAACUUCAAACAGUGCAUGAAGUUUAUUGACUUUGACUGGGUGAAAAAAUGACUCAGGAAACAGUAAAUAGGGAGAAUAUGAUGUGAUAUCCACAAACCAAGGGAAAUAAUCUUCACUAUGCAUCUACAGUGUCACCUCCUUGUUUCUUUUCCAUCUGUUGACUUCCCCUGUUGUUAGCCAUUUAGUUCCUGUCUGCUUCAGCAUACAACUUAUAGUCAAUAUGGUUGGGUAAACAAGGAUCCAAAGUGCUCAUCAUAUUUCUAGUGGAACUUCCUCUGUACAAUUCGUUUUCGCUCAUUUCAUUUGUAUUCACAUCUGCCUUUUGUGGUAAUGUUGUGACGCAUGACAAUCAGGUGCUCCCUUAUUCUAGAAUCUAGUUUGUGAUGUCAUAACCAUAGACUGUAUGAAAGUCUGAUUCUUUGUCCCUAAAUGUUUUCAUUGCCGUUGUAGUGUCAUUCCAUGAAACGUGAUUGCCAGACAGAUUUAAAGCGAUUAUUCAUGAUUGUAGUACAUCUUUCUUUGGGUUUCCUCAUUAUCGACAAAAUCGUAUCACAUUGAAAAAUCAAUGUUUCCUUGCAGUAUUGCUCAUAUCUGUUUGCAGGGGAGGAUCAUCAGCUUUUCGUUCCGCUGGUUAAAUCUCUUUUCAAAUUGACUGGCCAAUAGUCCUACAGAUUUUAAUAGAUAUUCCAUUCGUCUGCACAAUGUUCUCGUCUGAUGUCUCCCAUAGUAGUCUCCAUUUAUAAUGAGGGUAAGCUACUUCUAUUAAAGCGCUCCUUUCUUCACCACUGUACUGCAUGCUGCAGUCUGGAUCUGUCAUUAUUUUCUCCUUCAAGAACUUGUAAGUAUAGAUCUAACACUUCUCUAAGAUUUGCUGGUCUUACAGUAGCACCUUUCCACCUCUCUUUUGUAGUACAUUGAAUUUGGUGGACAUGGGUCCUUCUCGUUCACAAGCAUUUAUAACCAAAUAAAGACAUUGCAAAUUAGCAAUGCACCUUCUUCAGCGCAUCUUAGAUGAAAUUUUUGAUUUAAGUCACGGACCAUUGUAUGUUAGCAUGACCAUCUAUACUUUUUGAUUGAUGCCUGUGUUAAUAGAGCUUUUCUGGAUCUUCUUCUUUAGUUGAGCCCUUUAUCCCACCAUUUCAUAUCUCCUACAUCAUGCCAUAGGUUACCUGAAGACCUCUUUAGUGGCAUCCGUAAUACUGCUUUCCAUAGACUUCUACUUCUAGUUUGGUAUACCUUAUUGGAUAGACCAACAACCGCCAGACCGUUCAACCCACUGCUGGCUCCAAGACAACCCUUUGCCUGAAGCCCUUCCCACUCUUCCACAGUUCGUGGCUAAUAAAGCAUUAGGGAUGGGGAGAAAGGGGCUUGCUAGAGAUACCUUUCUUUUAGAUUAAUGUGUUUAUGUUUUUUUUUAAAGUGAAAAUUCCAUAUUUAUUUUUUAUUAAAAUUUGAUUUUGGCUUUGACUGACUUCGGUUUCCAGUCCAAUGAGAAGACCAUAUCUCCAUGCAUCCAAGUCGAAUCUGGCAGUCCAACUGUUCUAAACCACACCCCUUUGUUAUACAUACCCUCAGACCCAAAAAGUCAAUAAGUCGGUGGUUUAUUCUGUUCUUGUCACAGGAUUAGUUUUAAUAAUCUUCUCCAAUAUAUCAUCGUGAUUGCCUCUUGUUUCUUGGACUGCUGUAGGCACUGGAUCUUAGGGAAUUUUCGUCCGAUACAAAUGCUUAUGAAUUUUUUGUUUCUCUGUCCGUCUCCUGGUUGGAACAGAAGAACAGCCAGGGGCCUGGAGAUCCUUCGCUCAGGAGAAACACCCCAGCAUCCACGGGCUUUAUGUUUCCCUCUGACGGGGCCAUGUCAGAUUCCCAAUUGGCCAUCUCAAGCUCCCAGGAUGUGGCUGAGUCUGUGAAUCUAAGCUCGGCUCUGGCCGGCAAGUUGGCUGUCCCACCCAUCCCGAUUCAGUAUCCUCCUGCUACAAACAGGGAGGGACUGUGCCAACCACAGCACAGCUUGAAUACCGAUCUCGAGACUGUAGCGGCAAGUCCUCUGGCGCUUCUGGGGCUGAGACCGUGCACCAUGGGGAACAGCAUUGACACUGAUGCAUUAAGCGGGGGGCAAGAGGAGCUGGUCAUCGAUGAGGGGACAAUUAAUUUGUCCUGCGAAUAUUCUGACAGGUAAGCCAUUAUCAUCAGUCAUCUGUUUCUAUAAUUUUUCAUAUAUAGUUCCAGGGUGAUGAUGAUUAUAUAAUUUUUUAAUAUUAAUAUCUGUGGAGAAUUUUUUUCUGGAAGGUUCACUUGGCGAAGGAAUCAUAAAAUUAUCUAAUAUUUGGGGAUAAUAUUUUUUUCAUGAAAAGUAAUUUUACGUGGUGGGCUGGGCUUUUGGGUUCACUAAUUCGGACAUUUUUUGCCAGAUGAACUAUCCAAAGUGUAUUUUGAUGGGGAGGAUAUUAUUAUUACUCACUUUUUUGAGAUUUUUCAAUAUAUAUAGUUCUAGGUUUGUGUCAUUUCCUAUCUUUUGCCCUUUUUUUUUCUUUAUUGUGCAUAAUGUUCGCCCUAGUAUCCAAUGGAAGCUCAGUCCGUACCCUUUGCUGUUUUCUUUGUGUUCAUAUCCAGGGAAAAAUCAAUUCCUGUUCUUUGUUAUUUUCGUUUAUAUAAUUUUAUGUUAAUAUCCUGAGAAAAAUCGAUUACUGUUCUUUGUUAUUUCCCUUUAGUAUGUAUAAUGCUUUUGUUAAUGCCUAGAGAAAAUUCCCUCUCGUCUUUACUCAAUCAGGAAUAAAAAAUAAUCUAGUAUCUUUGGAGAUUAGUUUUUUAUUAAAAAAAACAUUUUUUCAUGAUAAUCUAAUGCUGGUCUUCUAGGGCUGCCCAACCCUACCAAUUUGGUCAACUUUGCAGCACCUAGAAAGAUCAAUCUCUCUCUCUCUCUCUCUCUCUCUCUCUCUUGUACUGUUAUUGGGUGACUCACCCCUUCCCACGGUCCCCUCGUGAUCUUGGAGCCCACAGGUUCCUCGCUGCUCUUGCACAGGCCCUGCGGAACUCGGGCAUUGAUCUCUCAGAAGCCAGCAUCUCCGUCCAGAUCAAUCUUGCCCGUCGAUCGAUCGCCUGGCCAGGCCCCAUUCACAAGGUAAUCUCAUCUUCUUCUUCGUCUUCUUUACACCGGUUUUAUUUUCUUUUUAUUUUUUAUUUUUUCUAGUGGAAAACUUGGGAUGGAACAAACUAGAACUAGAAUUCCCAGGACCUUUUAUUAUUAUUAUUUUAUUUAGUUUUCCGGUUCCUUGGUAUGGGAAACAGAUUUUUAGUGCAGUUGACUUUCGGGCGUUUGUUAGGACCUGGAAGACCAAGCGGCGGGCCAUCAAUCGAGGUCCAGGGACUGCGUUGAGGAUCCUGGGUUUGGGUGCAAGAGACCCAAAUCAGAUGCUGUCUAG